GUUCCCUUUCUUUUUUUUUUUUUUUUUUGCUGAACCCUCCAUCUUAGAAAACAGGGAAGGGGUUUGCAAAUUUUUCAAUAUGACUAAGUUGGGCAAGAGCUCCAAGCGGGUGCCUGUCCGGUUGCGACACAAGAUCGAGAAAGCCAGCGCGGCGAAGAAGAGAAAGGAAAGAAAGUUGGCGAAGAAGAAUCCCCAAUGGCGUUCUAAGAUCAAGAAGGACCCUGGCAUCCCCAAUCUCUUCCCAUUCAAGGAUAAGAUUCUCCACGAUAUUGAAGAGAAGAAGCGCCUGAAGCAGGAAGAGCAGCAGCGUCUCCGGGAAGAGGCCCGCGCCCGCCGUAAGGGCGAAGCGCAAGAAAACGAGGCCGAAGAUGAAGAAGUUGCUGACAUGGUCGAGGACGACGAGGAUUUGAUUGAUGAUGACGAUGAGAUGCAAGAUGAUGGAGACGGUUCGAAUCCCAUGGCAGCUCUGCUCGCAUCAGCGAGAGCAAGGGCCGCGGAAUACGAAGAAGAUCACGAAGACUCUGACGACGAUGAGAUGGACGAUGACGAGGACGAUGAAAUGGAUGAGGAUGAUGAAGAUGGUGGCGCGCGUCUUGCUGUCGAUGAUAUUCCUUCUCUGGCAGCGCAAAGUGCUUCAAAGGAGAGUUCGAGAAAGGCCUUCGACAAGGUAUUCAAGCAGGUUGCUGAGGCUGCGGAUGUCAUUCUCUACGUCCUUGACGCCCGAGACCCAGAGGGCACAAGAUCGAGAGAGGUGGAACGUCAGAUUAUGGCUGCGGAGGGUGGAUCCAAACGACUGAUCCUCAUUCUCAACAAGAUCGAUCUCGUCCCUCCUCCCGUGCUCAAGGCAUGGCUGAUCCAUUUGCGACGAUACUUCCCUACGCUGCCUCUGAAGGCAUCCAAUGGUGCCCCUAAUGCCCACAGCUUUGACCACAAGCAACUUACAGUGAAGGGUACUGCGGAAACGCUUUUCAAGGCGCUCAAGACCUACGCGCACAGCAAACAGCUCAAGCGAGCUAUCUCGGUCGGCGUCAUCGGCUACCCCAACGUUGGAAAGUCUUCCGUUAUCAACGCUCUUACUGCCCGUCUCAACAAGGGAUCGAGCAACGCCUGCCCUACCGGUGCGGAGGCUGGUGUUACCACUAGUCUGAGAGAAGUCAAACUGGACAGCAAGCUGAAGCUUAUCGACUCCCCAGGUAUCGUCUUCCCGAAUGCGGGUAGGUCUGGCAAGAAGUCGAAGAAGCAGGACGAGCAGGCCCGUCUUGUCCUUCUGAACGCUCUUCCCCCUAAGCACAUUGAGGAUCCUAUUCCUGCUGUCAAUCUUUUGUUGAACCGCCUUUCCUCCUCUGAGGUUCUCUUCGAAAAGUUGCUCAAGGUUUACAACCUCCCACCGCUCUUCCCUACCGGCGGCGAUAGAACCACCGACUUCCUGAUCCAAGUUGCCCGGAAACGAGGCCGUCUGGGUAAGGGUGGCGUGCCCAACAUCAACAGUGCCGCGAUGACGGUGAUUACGGACUGGCGUGAUGGCCGAAUCCAGGGCUGGGUCGAGGCACCUGUUCUCCCAGUUGUGGCUGCAACCACUGGCUCUGAGGGUAGCACUGCUGCCGCACCAGGUGCUGACACAAAGCAGAUCGUGACAGAGUGGGCCAAGGAGUUUAAGAUCGAGGGUCUGUGGGGUAAUGGCGAGGGAGAGGGAGAGGAUGAGGAGAUGGUCGAGUAGUUCCCUUCGACUGAUCUUUUUGUCUUUGUCUGCCAAGGAAGUUUAUCUACCUGUGAUAUUCAAUGUUUGUCCGAUUUCCGCUCAUGGAUGGAUACCAUACCAAAAAGGGAGGCGUUUGGCCGGCUUUCAUACAUAGAAUUCAUUAUUGAAUGGGAUUAUCUGUUUUGCCAGUGUAGCCAUGUUGACAAAGUCGAUUCCUACUUAUGCGUGUAUGAUCAUAAUACCUGAUGAGUGUCACGACCCGAUUUCUAGAGUGUACUCCAGGAGCUAGACCGCUACGCUACUGGCAAAAGACUAGGAUAUUCUGAUAACUACUGCACUCCCUUAUAUAGUCAUAUGUAGC